CACGUGAUCUAUGGAUUAAUUUAGGUCAGGUACCGUAGAGAAUCUCUGGAGGAUGGGAGAAUGGUGCCUGCUUUCAUCCCAACGUGUGUUUACUUGUAACAAUCAUACAGAGAAACAGCUGGGUCCAAUACUGUUCAUCUUGCAUUGACUCGUCACAGUGUUCAGAUGAAGAACUACAAUAAUAAUUUUGCAAUAUUAUAUGGAACAGAUCAAACACAUGUUCCAUGAUCAUUUGUAUGAACACAUUAUCCAAUCGGAAUCAAUGAUAGUCUUGUUAGUAUGGAAACGAAGCACAAAGAUUAAUAUUCUUGGAUACUCAAAUUAUCUCUAGAUACACUCUAUGAAAUGCCAGUUUUUAAAGAUUUUAUGGUGUUGAUGACAAUUUUUUAGUAAAAGUAAUUCUUCUAAACAUGUUAAAGCUUUAAUGUAUUGUUUCAUAUUGUUGUGUCUUUGAAUUUUCACUUCAAUGCUUUCCAAAAUGGUGUUCCGAGAGGCAGCAUUAUUAUUACUUUUAAUAGUAGAUAUUUCAUCUGGUCAGACUUGUUACAAAAAUACAACAUCCUAUACUUGCGAGUCGCUUGGAAAUACAACUUCAUGUCUUGGUGCUACCUUAACCUUCACUCAAACAUCGCUGGAAUUUGCAGAUUCUUCAACAUUAAGUUCAGUAAAUGAGAAAUUAAAACUGUGGGAAGGUUUAAAAUAUGUUCCUGAAUGCUGGUCAUUGGUGCAACCCUUUCUUUGUUCAGUGUAUUUACCUAAAUGUGAAGUCGGGAAGGUAGAGUUGCCCAGUAAAGAAUUAUGUAAGAAGAUAAAAUCACCAUGUAAAAUUGUUGAAAUUUACCAUGGAGCCUGGCCUGAUUUCUUAGACUGUGAUGAAAGUCAUUUUGUGACAGGUUGUCCGUCACAAGCAUAUGAUUCAUUAGAGUUCAACACAGAUGGAUCCUGUAUAUCUCCUUUGGUCAGAACCGAGGACUCUGAGAGCUGGUAUGACUAUGCAGAGGGAUGUGGCGUCCAGUGUCAGAAUCCACUAUACACAGACAAGGAACAUGAUCAAGUCCAUGCUAUCAUUGCUGUGUUUGGUUCUAUAUGUUUAGUGUGUACACUGUUUACUGUGUUAACUUUUUUGAUUGAUUGGAAAAAUUCGAAGAAGUAUCCAGCUCUGAUCCUAUUUUUCAUCAACAUAUGUUUCUUCCUGUCCAGUAUUGGUUGGAUGGCCCAGUUCUCUGGUGGUGCUAGAACAGAUAUUGUCUGUAAGAGUGAUGGGACCAUUCGUGAAGGUGGACCAUUGACAGGAGAAACAGCAUCCUGUACAUUUGUUUUUAUACUUGUCUACUAUUUCUUCAUGGCUGGUGCUGUUUGGUUUGUCAUGUUAGCCUAUGCCUGGCAUCUGACAUUCAAAGCUCUGGGUACUCCACGUGAUGAUCUCUCCAAUAAAACGUCCUACUUCCAUCUUGCCAGCUGGAGCAUACCGCUAGUCUUAACUAUUGUUAGUUUAGCUGUCUCUGAGAUUGAUGGUGAUUCAGUCAGUGGUAUUUGUAUGAUUGGUUAUCAAAAUAAAGGAUAUAGAGCUGGUUUCCUGUUAGUUCCUAUUAUACUGGUUCUCAUAUUAGGCAUGAUAUUUCUUGUUAAAGCAUUUAAGACAUUAUGGGCACUGAAGGUAGAUACACCAGAUUUUAUCAGUGACAAAGCCAAGGCCAAAAUUAAGGAAACUAUCAUCAGAUUAGCCAUCUUUACAGCAUUAGCAUGUGUGUUUGUGGUGAUAACAUUUAGUGUACAUCUGUAUACUUUCACAAAUGAGACUGAAUGGGAAAAGCAUUUAAAAGACUACAUAUUUUGCCAAGCUAAUGUUACCGUGACCACCAGUGUAUACAAUACAUCCAAUAGAGUAUGUUCCCUUGGAGACAGACCCAGUGUGGCUGCUGUUAAUUUUCACAUCCUGGCAUUUUUUGGUGCAGGUAUCUUGAUGAGCAGUUGGUCAUGGACCAAAGCAUCUCUGUUGUCAUGGGAACGGUUCGUCAGGAAAAUUUUCAACAGGCCUUCUAGCAAGCCAGUAAAAUUAAAGAAACACAAGAUGAUAGCGAGGGCUUUUGAAAGGAGGAAAGACAUAAACAAUGGUCGAUUGUCUAUAAGUUUUGGGAGUACACAUGAUGAUCCAUUAGGCAUGAAGUUUGACUUGAACAGUGUAAGUUCACAUGAGAUGUCCUCAACAUUUGCUAAUGCCAUGCCUAAGUUGGUUAGAAGGAGAGGAGGCAUGUUUGCUCCAACAGCAGGAACUAACCGUAGAUACUCAGACUCCGAUGUUGGAUCUAUUGCUUCAAAGAUGGCUUCCAGACGUCAGUCCUUAGAUUCACAACUGAGUGAAGCACAAGGACAGUUCCAGUACAGUGAUGACGAGGAUGCUGAUCAGGAGUACGUAGAUCUACCAAACAUGAUCGGUGGUGGUGGUGGUGGAGCAGGAGUCAGUGAUGGUAGGGGUAAGCGGAGAAGAAAGCGAAAGAAGAAACGUAAAAGUCACAAAAAUAGAGUUCUACCUGUUUUAGCACCUGUUACUAGGGAAAUGGCUGCAGCAGCUUAUGGUGGGAGGAGACGUGGAAAGAGGCGGAGUAGUAAAAGUUCGCUUGGGAGUCGUGCUUCUGCUCAAGGUGUUGAUAUAAACCUUGAGAAAAACAGCAUGGAGGCUGUUUCCAUAGCAUCCUAUUCUCACCAAGAGAGCUGUGACAAUGCAACCAUGCCUUUACCUCCAAAAAGUCUCACCACAAAUUUUGCUAUUUUUACUGCUAGUGCUUAUGCUGGAGAAUUAAAAACAAAGAUUAAUGAUGAUAGUGAUAAUAAUUCAGUCCGACAUAAUGGCAGCAUGAGAAACCAUAGCAGUAGCAGACGGACUAGAAAUAAUAGUGGAACUGCGCAAGCAGGCGGGAGAAAAAGAGUCCACAGUAAUAGCAUGAAUUCUAGGCAGGGCAGCGCUUCUAGCAUGCAGCGUAGAAACCCUUCCAUUGAUAUGCGUUCCAUUAAUUCAAGACAUGCAAGUGCUUCUAGUUUCAGACAAAGAAAUGUGUCAUUAGAAAUGAACAGGAAUCAACGUCAAGGCAUCGCAUCAAGUUCUCAUCAUAUGAAUAACACAUUUGAAAUGAAAGACUCAAGGACAAACAGAAAAGCAAAUUCUGCAAGUAGUCGUUCAAGCAGAGGCACCAGACAGUCAUCUGCUACAUCAAAUCGAUCCAACUUGUCAGCCAGCAGACAGCUACCAGGGGAAACAACUGUGGUUCAGAUAGAUGAAGAUUACAUUUCUCAAGGGUCAUUAGAUUAAAUGUUUAAGUGCACACUGAUUGACUCUAAGGAAAUCUUUUGCCCCGCCUUUGAUAGUAGGGGCUUUUUUUUUCCAAAAUGUGCGUUUAUUUGUCAUUUAGUCAAUUCAUCCUGUAUCAGGUUAAAGUUUGGGUUAUGGUAGUUUACCAUGAACUUGUGGAAUCGGGGGGGG